UUUUUUUGUCUUUCCCAAGAUACCACUAUAUGGGAAACCACUGCGUUCGCUCUUUUAUAAAAACCCACCUCCCAAAUCCUAACCCGUCCCCCAGACACGAGUCCUCCGCCGUAUUCCGUCAUCUUUACUCUCUCUCUCUCUCUCGGGCAAUUAAUCAAACAUAAAACCUGCAUAUCUCAUCUUCUUCACUCUUUCUGCGGCAAUUAAUCGAGCAGAAAAUCUGCAUAUCUUAGAGCCAUGCGGAUGAGUUGCAAUGGAUGCCGAGUCCUCCGGAAAGGUUGCAACCAAGCCUGCUCCAUCAGACCCUGCCUUGAAUGGAUCGAAACCCCUGAAGCCCAAGCCAACGCCACCGUCUUCCUCGCCAAGUUCUACGGCCGCGCCGGCCUUCUCAACCUCCUCAAUGCCGGUCCUCAACACCUCCGUCCUGCAAUAUUUAGAUCUUUGCUUUACGAAGCUUGUGGGCGCAUCGUGAAUCCGAUAUACGGCUCGGCUGGCUUGUUAUGGUCUGGAAACUGGCAGCUCUGCCACGCCGCCGUUGAAGCCGUUCUAAAAGGUGCACCGAUCGUCCAAGUUUCCUCCGACUCGGCUGUGAGCUCCAUGAGUCCACCUCUCAAAGCAUGCGAUAUUCGCCACGUGUCAAGGGAUGAGAACACGGCUGGGUCGUCACGUGAUUUACACGUGGUUAAGAGUCGAGGCCGGUUCAAGCGAGCUUCAAAGCCGAAUCCGAAGGUGGGUUCAGAUGUUGAUGAUGCGGCUCGGGUCAUGUGGAGCUGGAGCCAUAAAGAUGGGUUGUUGGAUGGGGGUUCGGCGAGUCAUAACUCGGGGGUGGUGAGUCAGCUGGCUGAGCCACCGAGUCGGGGAGUGGAGAGCGGCGAGGCUGACAGCUCCUCCGUGGAGACGGUGGAGCCGUCGUUGGCGAACAUUGAGGAGCGAGCUGAUGUUGAGUUGGAGCUGACUCUCGGCUUCGAGUCGGUUGUGAGGGCAAGGAAAGUAGAAGCCGGAAAGGCAGGGUAAGAUAUCGACGGUGGUGAUGGCGCCAUGUGUAAGGCGAAAGUGGCUAGAUUAUCCUGCAUGAAAAUUAGCCACAUCUGAUAAAAGCUAGUCCUUUGAUGAACCUGUUUUUGCGGCUCGGAUUCAACCAAAUGUCAAGGAGUUGUUUUUAGUUCUUUGGUUUUAUUUAUAUAUAUUUUUUAAUUUAAAUUGCUUGGCUGUACACAUUUCCGA